UUGACCACAUGGAAUAUAUAUUUUAAAUAAGUAUAGUAUAUACUGACGUAUAGUUUCUUAAUCGCUCUGCCCUUAAGGUAGAGAUAAAAGUUCUAUGACCUGUUUCUUCCAAAUUAUUUCGAGAGACUCAUGCAGUCACAUACAAUUUGAAAUUCUAGAUCAGUGUCGUGUCGUUUGAAUUUUUGAAUUUACGUAUUUUAUUUAUAUAUCACCAUGUUUUUAUAUUUAUUGUGUGUUAUUUUAUUUGCCAGUGCGCUUGUCCAGACAGCACCGACUGAAUUGACGGCAAUUAAUUUUAAUGAUGAAAGAAUAUCAUCAACUGUAAGUGAACCAGUGAUGACAUUGAAAGCAUCAGUUGUUAAUGAAACAAUUAAUUUAGCCACGAAAACGUCUGAAGCACAAACUCUUGACAGCUCAUUAGAAUACAUGACCGUUUCUCGAAAUGUCGAAUCAAGUGGUGAAAUUAUUACGGAAACGCCUGAAGCAUCACCAGGGGUCUUUAAAACUGACACUGACGAAAUUAUAUUUAUAGACACAGUGACUCCUGUCGACGAACCUAUUGUCUCUACUUUGAAACCAUAUACAGAGGGUGCAACUGUAAUUAAUUUCACAGAAAUUCCUUAUGGUUCAACAAUUAUAUCAAAAAUAGAUACUAACGGUGAAACAGCUGCUAAAACACCAGCUUCUGGAGCACAAACUAAUUUAUAUACAUUAAAACCAAUGAGCAACGAAGAAAUCAGUAGUUUCACAUAUAAAAUAACUACAGAAGCAUCACAAACUUCAUCUUCUGCUGAAAUAAAUAUAACACUAAAUACUCAAGCUCCAACGAUUUUUACUACAUCAGAAUCAAGUGCAAUCAAAACUAGUACUUUUACACCUGAAAUAACUUCAGAAGCUCAAAUUGACUUUAGUACAUCAAAAUUAAUUACAGAUGAUGCAGUAAGUAGAUCAACUACUGAAUCAAUUACAGAAAAACCAACUACAGAAGCUCAAACUGUUUCUACUACUGAACAAUCAACUACAGACACCAAAACUAGUACUUUAAUUUCCGAGUUUACUACAGAAACUCCAACUACAGAAGCUCAAAUUGACUUUAGUACACCAAAAUCAAUUACAGAUGAUGUAGUAAGUAGAUCAACUACUGAAUCAAUUACAGAAAAACCAACUAGAGAAAUUCAAACUGUUUCAACUACACAACAAUCAACUACAGAAAUCAUAACUAGUACUUUUAGUUCAGAAUUAACUACAGAUUCUCCAACUACAGAGUCUCAGAUUGACUUUAGUACAUCAAAAUCAACUACAGAUGAUGUCGUUACUAGAUUAACUACUGAAUCAGUUACAGAAAAACCAACUACAGAAAUUCAAACUGUUUAUACUACACAACAAUCAACUACAGAUAAUGUAGUUACUAGAUCAACUACUGAAUCAACUACAGACAUCAAAACUAGUACUGUAAUUUCCGAGAUUACUACAGAAACUCCAACUACAGAAGCUCAAACAAGUUUCACAUCAGAACCAACUACGAAUAUUAAAACCACUUCCUUUACCCCUGAAAUAACUACAGAAAUACCCAAAACUUUAACUACACAACCCGAAGCAACAACAAACGCAAUACCUACCGAGUUAACUUUAGCCGAGAUUUUUAUAAAAAUUCUUCAAGCCUUGUCUCAGUCGGCCACAUCCCAGUCGUCAAAAACUUCAGAAGCUUCAACCCCACCAACAUUUACUUACACCCCUUACAAUUUCCAAUUCGUUCUAAAAUCUCGAACGACCAACAGCUGUAAUUGGUACCAAGUUAGAUGCACUAAUUAUUCACCAUUCGAUAACAAUAAUUACUGUACUUAUACACUCAUAGGUGAUUGCAAUGAAUAUAAGCCAUAUCAAAUUUUGGCAGCCCAUCAAAUAGUUCAGCCUUCAUAUUAUUCAUAUUUAUUUAACUAUCAGUAUAUUUACCAACAGCAAACUUAUCAUCAGUGUAAUUUAUAUCAAGUCAGAUGUGUGUUCUACAGUUUAAUCUUUGAUCAAUUUGAUUAUUGUAAUAAUGAGUAUUUGGGCAGUUGCUCGUCAUAAAAUAAGUAAUUAUAUUAAUUCUUGGAUUUAUUAACCAACCGGAAAUAAUAUUACACUUUUAAAUAAUAUAUUUAUGAUAAAUAAGACGAUAAAGUGUAAUUAUAGUUGCCAUCAUUUUAUGUUAUCUGUAUAUGUACUUGAGAAUAAAUCAUUGUAAUGGAGAUUCUCUGAAUUGAAAAAUAAAAUUUUAUAUAAUCUGAUUGUAUAUGUCUGUAUGAUAUAAAAAUAAUAAGAUGAUUGUAUCUAUCAAUAAAAA